UCCUUCACCGAGAUAGACAGAGAGGUGGGGGGAGAGAGAAAGAAAUAGAGAGAGAGAGAGAGAGAGAGAGAGGAACCAUGUCUACAAGCGUUUAAAAAACAAAACCAGCGGAGAUUACCUGUCGCGUCCUGGAUUGUGUUUGAGUUUGACGUGAAACGCCGUGUUGUGCGGGAACACCUCGGAGGAAUAUGCCGUCGUGCAGAGUGACAGAGUGGAUAUGGAUAAUGGCCCGAACAUAUUGAAUCGCUUCGUCAGAGGAGGAGGAGGAGGAGGGAGUGCUGUAGCGCGAGGAAACACGUUACAGAGAGAAUAAAGGCAGCGAGACACAGUAUAAAUAAAAAUAAAAUAAAAACACUCGGACUGGUAAUUAAUGAAACAUCUCGCAUUUCACCUACGCGGCUUUCACAGGGAUUUGUUUUUUUGUUGUUUGAAUGGCUUGUCGGUUUAACGCCCUCGAGUGACUCUCGGUAGGUAACUCGGCUCGGCUCGGCUCUCCUCUCGGUUCAGACUGAAAGUUAAUCACCGAGGCGAUUUUUUUUGGCCUUUGGAAUAUUUGUGCGUGAACAUGGAUUUUAACGGCAGCGGCUUGGGCAACGAGCUGCAUAAUAACCAGACGUAUCAGUGUGAGGAGAGCAAGCCACUGCUGGAGCCGGAGGGCAAUAAUAAUAACAGUAAGGUGGGCGCGGGGCCGUGCCGCCGGAGCGCGCUUCACUGCAGCAGCGGCGGUGGAGGUGGUGGAGGAGGAGGUGGAGGUAUGCGAUAUAAACUCCUGCACGAGGGAGACAUCCAGGUGUGUGCUGUGAAACACCCGCGCACCUUCCUCAGCAAAAUCCUCACCUCCAAGUUCCUGCGGAGAUGGGAACCCCACCAUCUCACCCUGACCGACAGCAGCAUCGUCUCUGCCACGCCUACAGGUUACAUGGAGGCAGCUCUGUCCUACAGUACUAUAGAGGACCUGCAGCUGUUGUCUUGGGACAACGCCCCCAAAUACUGUGUCCAGCUCAGCGUCCCUGGAGGGACUGUCCUUCUACAGGCUGCCAAUAGCUAUCUGCGGGACCAGUGGUUUCACUCUCUACAGUGGAAGAAAAAGAUUUACAAGUACCGCAAGGUGCUGAAUAAUCCCAGCCGCUGGGACGUGGUGCUGAAGGAGAUCCGAGCUCUGGUGGACAUGGCACUUACCUCUCCGCUGCAGGAUGAAUCUAUCCACCAAGCCCCGCUUCACAUUAUCUCCACCCUACUCGCUGAGAUGGAAGUAACAGGCCAGUGGAUUCUGAGUAAACUGUUCAUGUCACUUCCUUCUCAGAACACCAACCUCAGUGCCCAGGACCAUGAGAGCAUCAUUGUGGCGAUUGCUCCCCUGCUGGAAAAUAACCACCCUCCCCCUGACCUGUGUGAAUUCUUCUGCAAGCACUGUCGCGAGCGUCCACGCUCCAUGGUGGUCAUUGAAGUGUUCACUCCAGUGGUCCAGAGAAUUCUCAAGCACAACAUGGAUUUUGGGAAGUGUCCCAGACUGCGUCUCUUUACUCAGGAGUAUAUACUGGCUCUGAAUGAACUCAACGCAGGCAUGGAGGUAGUCAAGAAGUUCAUCCACAGCAUGCAUGGCCCCACUGGACAGUGUCCUCACCCUCGGGUUCUCCCAAACCUGGUGGCAGUGUGCCUGGCUGCUAUUUACUCCUGCUAUGAGGAGUUUAUUAACAGUCGCGAUAACUCUCCUAGUCUAAAGGAGAUAAGGAACGGUUGUCAGCAACAGAGUGAGCGGAAGCCCCCGAUGCCCCCACGGUUGAUGCGUCCCGAUCCUCCAACUGCCCUGUCGCCCCCCCCUCCGUCCAUCGUCAACUCCAGUGAGAUCCUGGUGGAGCUGGAGCGCAACAACAACAACACUGCCAACACCGCGCUGCGUAAGGCGCCCGCAGGGGGCGACAGUGAGCCCAGCCUAAUCGAGUGCUUGCUGGUGAGCCCAGCUCUCAGCGCUCUGUCCAUUCAGCUCCCUGCCCAGGCUGACCGAGUGCUGGCCUGCUUUGCGCUCAUCCUCAAGAUGCUCUCGGACUAUGACGACUGGAGACCAGCGCUGGCUAGCCUGCUGCAGCCCAUCCCGUUCCCCAAAGAGGCGCUUGCUCAUGCCAAAUUUACAAAAGAGCUGAAGUAUGUUAUUCAGAGGUUUGCCGAGGACCCCAGACAGGAGGUGCACUCCUGUUUACUCAGUGUGCGUUCUGGAAAAGAUGGCUGGUUUCAGCUCUACAGUCCAGGAGGCGUGGCCUGCGAUGAUGAUGGAGAGCUGUUUGCUAGCAUGGUUCACAUCCUCAUGGGUUCUUGCUACAAGACGAAGAAAUUCCUUCUGUCUCUGGCAGAAAACAAACUGGGGCCCUGCAUGUUGCUGGCACUGCGAGGGAACCAGACCAUGGUGGAGAUCUUGUGCCUGAUGUUGGAGUAUAACAUUAUAGAGAAUAAGGACACUCAGCUACAGAUCAUCUCUACCCUGGAGAGCACGCAGGUUGGCCUGCGUAUGUACGAGCAGCUGUGUGACAGACAGAGAGAACUCAAAGAACUGCAAAGAAAAGGAGGGCCUACCCGACUCACUCUGCCUUCCAAAUCCACGGAUGCCGAUCUUGCCCGCCUGUUGAGCUCUGGCUCCUUCGGGAACCUGGAAAACCUGAGUCUGGCCUUCACCAAUGUCACCAGUGCCUGCGCUGAGCAGCUCAUCAAGUUGCCAUCCCUCAAACAGCUCAACCUGUGGUCCACUCAGUUUGGAGACGCAGGACUGAGACUGCUUUCAGAGCACCUGGCUUGCCUGCAGGUUCUCAACCUGUGUGAGACACCAGUCACUGAUGCUGGUCUGCUAGCCCUCAGCUCGAUGAAGAGCCUGUGCAGCUUGAAUAUGAACAGCACUAAACUCACCGCAGACACCUACGAGGACCUAAAGGCCAAACUCCCCAACCUGAAGGAGGUGGAUGUUCGUUACACAGAGGCCUGGUAAACGUAGUCAGCAUCCUCCCCCCCGAUUCUCAAGGAAUCCCUGACUUCAUAUACGCGUAAGGAUUUGCUGACACCAUCAAGACACCGAGCCUUUAACAUCAUCACAAUCAGUCAUUUGCAGACAAGGACUGUCUUUAUAGGAACAUUAUUCAACACCAAGGACCUUCUGGUGACAUGAGCCCAGCGUUUGCGUAGUGUCAUCAUCAAAACACGGAACUGACUUUCUUUGUAGCCACAUUAAAAAGCGCGAGAAUAUUUAUAGUGAUAUCAUCAAACGAAAAGGAGGCCCAUCCUAUUUAUAAUCACUUAAGGAGACUUUAACUCUUUCUGUCUUUUUCGACCGUCUUUCCCGAUUCAACCCGAUCAGCUGCGACUGGUUCUCCAUGCAAGUGUGUCUGACCAAAACAUCACCACUCCUUUUUUUUUUUCUUUUCCCAAGAUCAGAGACUUGACAGCUCAGAAGCCGACUCUCCUGCCUUCAUCCCUUUUUUCUCAUCCUAUUUCCUCAGAGGUGCACCCUGACUGGCGAGAGCCACAUUCCAGUACAGUUUGGAUGCCGCCUCCCUUGCGGAAAAGCUGUGCAUUCGUGCUCGGUCCUCUCAGUUCCCUAAUCUGCCCUUUUUUUUCUUUUUUUUUUUCUAUCCAUCACAACUUGAUGCUGAUGCCACUGAUGUAGAAAGGUGGUAGCCUGAGUAUCCACUACUGUAUACACUCAUUUUAACCUCUCUCUCUCUCUCUCUCUCUCUCUCUCUCUCUCGAAAAUUUUUAUCAACUUGAAUGAGCAUAUUUUUCCACACAUCUCUGCUUUCAUAAAUGGUGUGUUUAUAAAGUAUAAAUAUAUAUAUAUAUACAUAUAUAUAUAUAUAUAUAUCGAUAUCUAUAUUCCCUUUUGACAUUUGAACAAUUUCAGGAGCUUGGUUAUACAACCUACUAGACAGACGAAUUUUGAUCUUUCUCGCCGUUUUGUUUUGUCCACAGUUCUCUGGUCUCGUUUGAUUUAAGUCAGCGGUCAUUCGGAAGGUAGUCUGGGACUACUCAAUAUUUAUGAAGCCUCUUUCUUCUCAGUUCGAGCCCUAGCGUUUCCUCACCACCCAUCUCUCCUUGACGACUAAAUUGUUUUAUUUUUUUAUUUUUUGUUGUCAUGUUUGUUACAUCAAAUCAGCCAAGAUGGUGCCUACAGGACAUUUUCUACGAAGAGCGCACCUCUUUAGAAGCGGCGUCACGAUCGCUGGAUGCAAUCUGUGUAAAUAUCUCGGCACGUUUUGUCAGCCUUGGUGAAAUGUUUUGACUUCCUAUAGCGCUCGUCGUACAACGCAGGAUGACCAUCGACGUCACGUCCCGCUCGGAGACGUCACUCGCGUUUAGAAGAAACGGAACGUCCGGCCGUACUCCGUAAAUCACCGAAAGCGAUUUCGCGACGUUUAUUUUCCCGCUUAUCGUUUCCAAAGGUUUUUACUGUUACUGGUCACCGAGUCAGGUAAACAUUAGAAGGAAGAGACCCCCCCGAGCAUGUUGUUUGAUUUGUGCAACAAAACGUCUUCUGUAAACAUCUGUGUACAAUAUGCAAACUUUCCCGUAGGUGGCGGGCCAGUCGGUUAUAGCUGACGGCUUAAACGAACGCUUUGUUUAGACGUGAUACUAGACGUGGAUUUCAGCCCCCGUCGGAAACUGUACCAGACUGCUCGCCUCGCCUCGCCUCUUCUUUUCUCUUCUGCCCCUCUCCCUGCACUUCCAAGCACAGACAGACCACGCUCUGGUUUGCUACCCCAGUCUGCUUGACCGGUCCCUGAUUGGACGGUUUCGAUUUGCCAUUCUUCUGAUCGGUCCAGUGGAGGAACUUGAACCGCGCGGUAGCUUUAAACAGAGCGUGGAGACGGACGCCGUGCACUGAGAGUGUAAUACUGUGUGCGUAUCGCGGAUGGUAUCAUGUUCUACCAUCUCAGGUCCAGAUAAAGACGCUGCGUGGUUGCAUCCUGUAUAAUGUACAUACAAGUGUAUAUAAUUUCCCUCACCCACUCUGUCUGCCGUAUAAUUCUUUAUUCGUUUCUUUCUCUCGUCUUUUUUGAGAGACUGCUGUUGCCUUCAUUUUCAGGAUACGUCUGCGUGUGCGGUCAGCUUUUCUUGUCUUUUCUUUUUUAUUUCUCUUCCCCAGACCAAGUGCACUGUAAUAACCUUCGAAAUGUCAUCUUUUAAUUGUUUUUGUCACUUUAGUCUUUGUUUUGUUGCUUGUUUGGAAAUGUUUCUUUUCCCCCCCUUUUUGCCGCAUGCACAUGUCGGAUAAGCAGAUGUUUUCAUUUUGUAAUUUCAUUUCGAAUGCUUGAAUCAGAGAAGCAUCAGCGCGAGGAAGAAGCGAGCGUGUAAUUACAGACCAAGAACUUCAACAGAGUGCCGUAUGCAGCAGAAAUGUAAUUAGUUGCCAUUAUAAACGAGAAGCCAAUACGCUCUGUACGAGAGCGAACUGAACGGCGUGAUGGUUGUAAACUAACAAGUCGGCUCAGUAGAGGAAAUCUGCUGUCUCUGCCCCCGAAGUCCUCAGAGAUGUCUGGAAUGGUUUCUACUGUGUAAAGUGGACUAUAUCUGUGAGUGAUGGAGAUCUACAUAUCGUGAAGAGUUUCCCAACUGGGUUUUUUUUGUUGUUGUUGUUGGAAGCGUCUCAAAAAAAAAAAAAAAAAAAGGGCAAUGGGGUUGGAAUAAAUCGGGAAUCAAUUUUUUUUUUGUAUAAAAAGUAGGAGAUAACUGCUUUUACGGAGCUUGUCAGCUAUUAGUCAUCUCUGUUCUGUGUUGCUCACCGCUUUUGCAUUGGUUUGUCUCCUCUCACACCCUCUCCUACCCUUCUCCCACGAUAUUACAAUUUUUCUGCAAUUUCUAAAGAAAAAAAAAAGAAGAAGCUUUCUAUCAUUUUGAAUUGUGACUGAGUCUUAAUGUGGUGAUGAAUGGGACGUCUACCACUGCAGUCCCCUCCUGGGCGCAGUCAUGUACAUAAAUUAACUACAUUUCCCAUGAUUCCUGGAGUUUUUUUGUUGUUUUCUGGGGGGGAGUUUGGCAGAUAGAACUGCUGCCCUUAUUUCCUCCUGUCUGUGUUUAACUGCUUCUACAGCUGGGUCGCUGCUGCUGCUCUGUGGCUGUUGUAAUGACAAUUCAAGACCAGGAAAAAAUAAGUCAGCUACGAUGUGAAAUAAUUUCAAUCAGAAUAAACUGUCUGUGAAUAUGUUUCAAA